UAUAUUGUUGUUUGUAUAUAAAGACAUGACUUUAAAUAACAUUUUUAUAUGUUUUGAAGUGAAAUUAGUCUAAAUUGAGACAAGGAAGUGUACAGAAAAUAUAACCACUGUCUGGAGGGCGAUAACGAUGAACGUUUCAAAUUCAUAUAAUCAGUAGCUUUUCUUUUUUGCUUUGACGUUUUAAAGAUUAAAUAAUUAAGAAGACAUAUGUGCGGUUCUCGGAGAAAAAUAGACAUUAAUUUAUCUGCCAAAUAAAAACAAGAAUCAAAUAAACUAUCGAGAAGAAACGACAAAUAUAAUCUCGAAAUUUCUCACCUUAUGAGAAUAUAUUUUUCAUAUAUUAAUUCCAAUCAAUAUAUUGGUGAAUCCUACGCAAAUCUAAUUAUCAGCCAUUCUCUCUGCCAUUCAACGUUGCAUUCGUUGUGUCAAGAGAAGAUAUUUUUAUAAAGAUAAAUAAAAAGAUGAUUAACUUCAAAAUUUCCGCACCAGGCAGAAUCAUCUUAUCAGGAGAGCACACGGUGACGUAUGAAAAACAUUUUGUUGUGGCCGGCUUAGAUCUUCGCACCAAACUAGAAUUCUGCGAACUACUUGAUGAGCCAAGAAGCAUUAGAAUAGAGUUUUGUGGUGUACAGCAGGAUUUAUCUUUAGAAAAAGUUCAAUGCUUAUUUUCUCAACUUAAUGUGCUAAAUAUGCCUAGAUUUGUCAAUAACUUUAUCAAGGGUAUGUGGAAAAAAAAUGAAGAGAAAUUAAGCUUACAAAUGUUCUUUUACUUGCUUUAUACCAUCGUUUACAAUAGCGAGCACGGCAUGAAACCUUUUCGUUUACGCGUGUUCACUGAAAUACCUUUUGAAAAUGGUCUUGGCGGUUCGACAUCAUUCGUGGUUUGUCUAGCAGCGUGUUUUCUUCAUUGGAAGCGUCUACAGAGUGGUGUUCAUAUUAGAUUUAAUGAACAAGACUUACAGGAGAUUGAAGAAUACACUAGAUCUUGUGAGAACAUUUUGCAAAGGGAUGCAUUUGCAACGAUCGAUGCCAAAGUUUGCGUAUAUGGCCGUAUAAAUAAAUGCAAACAUAUUUCUUCUGAUGUUUAUGCUAUAAAGCCUAUAGAUGUUAAAACAGGAAUAAAGAUUUUAUUGAUCGGGACACAUCUUCGCCUAACAAAAUAG